UUCUGUGGUUGCCAGAGCAAAAGAGUAUUCCAGGAAGUGGAGGUGGUUAUAUAGCACACUGGCCCUCUGCACCUUUUCACUUUGUUUAACUUCAGAUCACAGAGCCUCACCUCUCUCCUCACCUGAUACAGGCCUGAUUCAGUAAGAAACAUCCCUUGCCAAAAAGUGUGUAAGGAUGCAUGUUCAGCACCUGGGAGCAGCAUUGGCCCUCCUCUGCCUGCUUCCUGUGAUUCAGACGGAGACCUCCAGUCUCCAGGACCCUCGGUUCAGAGCAUUGUUCCUCAGCUACAGUUCAGAUGGAACGUACCUCUACAGAGAGCAGCUUCAGGAGCUCCUGUCAAGCAAGUUCGAUGAGAUCCAGGAUCUGAAUGAUCAGCUGCUGGUGGAGUUGAUGGUCUUUGCCGACUCUAAUCAGGAUGGUCGUCUGGACGUGGAUGAGUUCAUCACACUGGCCAAGUACAUCACCAAGAACCGCCCCUAGUAGGGUCAACCUGGGUCAACCAGGGUCUAGUGAGCCUGUCAACAUACAGGACCGGACAUACUAUACAUUAAAAGAAAUGCUCGUGGAUAUAAUAGAGGUUUUCUUCUAUCUUGUUUCAAAUCUGUAACCAUAAAACAUUUAACAAAAAGGAUCUACUUUGAAAAUGUGUAAUACUGCUACACACAUGAAAGCUGUGUUUGUCGUGUGGAUUUCUGUCCUCAGAAAACAGAUUUUGUUGCCGGCUUCAUGUGUUGUGUGGUGAGACAUAAACCUGUAAAUGUGCACACAAUGCAGAAUGUUCCAUUUGCCUCUGAAA